AUGAAGACUCUUCUCGUUAUCCUGGGCGCAGGGCUCGUCGCCGGUUUCCCAGACCUCUCAGAGAAACCUCAGUCUCGUGUGCUUCCAAAGAUUGAACUGACUAAUGUCACCAAGAUUAAUGUGAACAGUGCAAAGUCAGCAAAAUUCUCUGCCCGCAGUAUCUUCGGUCCUUUCAUGGGUGUAGACUUUCCAGACCCCUCAAUUAUCUCGGCGAACGGGCUGUGGUAUGCGUUUGCAACAACAUCCAACGGCAAGAAUAUCCCUUUCGCCACGUCUAUAGACGUCUUCCCAGGGCAAGGCUCUGAUACAUUUACGUGGACGCUCGGCACCACCGAUGCGCUACCAGACGCUGGGCCUUGGGCCGAUGCUGGGAAGGGAAUCUGGGCACCCGAUAUCCAGCUCAACGACGAUGGGACCUUCGUAAUACUAACUCAUGUUGAUAUGACAGACUACACAGCCUGGAAAAAUGGCGGCACCCACUGCAUUGGUGUGGCCACUUCAGGCUCGGUUACAGGUCCAUACACGCCGCAAUCCACGCCCCUGAUCUGCGACGAUGCCGGUGGCGGCGUUAUCGACGCAGCAGGAUACGAUGACGGCGAAAACCGCUGGAUUAUGUGGAAAGUUGAUGGUUCUGCGCUAGGCGGACUGACUACCUGCGUGAAUACGCCGACGGGAUCGAUCUACUAUCCGACACCAAUCAUGAUUCAGCAGAUGCAGCGGGACGCGAUCACGCUUGUUGGCAGCCCUUCAAAGAUCCUAGACCACGUAGGCGCCAACAACGAUGGUAUUGUCGAAGCCCCUUCGCUCUAUAAGAUCAGCGAUGGGAACUACGUUCUGUUCUAUAGCGCCCACUGCUUUAAUGACGAUAAUUACGAUAUCGAGGCUGCUUUCUCGUCAACAAUUAAUGGAGCGUACACCGACCGUGUUAUCGUUAUGAACACUGCAAACCCCUACGGAAUCUAUGGGCCUGGGGGUCUUGAUAUUGACCCUAAUGGUGUUACUGCGGUAUUUCACGGGCGUCUUAACCCUAACGACCGGAGCGGUGCCCGUCAGCUGUUCAGUGGCGAUAUCAAGAUUACUAGGGGGUCUGUAACCUACUGA